AUGAGUAUUGAAGAUGAGAAAAUGCUGAGCAACGGUGAAAUUAUGGAGGAAUCCAAUGGGGAAACAAAAGGGACAUUUCGGAAAAAGCUCAAAGAUCGAUCCAAGAAAGUGGCGGAAACCAAAGAGAUGACGAAGCAGAUCUUGUCAAAGCAUGCAGACAAGAUUGCCAAACGGGCUGAAGAACACGAAAGAUUCAUCAAUAAGGUGACUUAUUUGUUGAGUGUUCUUGGGUUUGGAACGUUUUGCUUUCUGUUGGGCGCCAGGCCUCAAGAUGUACCUUAUGUAUACUGUCUACUUUAUGUUAUAUUCGUUCCAAUGCGGUGGAUUUAUUACCGAUACAAAAAGUGGCAUUAUUAUCUCCUGGACUUUUGCUACUAUGCCAACACAAUUUUUGUGAUCAUGCUUCUCUUUUUCCCUAGAAAUGAAAAGUUUUUCAUGAUUUGUUUCGCGUUUGCUGAGGGACCUCUAGCUUGGGCGCUGAUCGUUUGGAGAUGCAGCUUAGUCUUUAAUUCCUUUGAUAAGAUUGUAAGCGUCUUCAUACAUCUUCUGCCUGGCUUGGUUUACUUCACUAUUCGGUGGUGGGAUCCUGCAUUUUUUGAAGCGAUGCAUCCUGUUGGAACACCUCGGAGACCUUCAUGGCCUUAUGUGGAAAGUAAAUACAACUUAUGGACGUGGCUAUUUCUUGUUCCCUUAGUUGCUUACUGCCUUUGGCAAGCUCUUUAUUUUCUCAUUGUCGAUGUCCUUCGGCGACAGAGGAUUGUAAAAGAUCCUGAAGUUAUGACUUCUUACAGAGAACUCUCUAAGAAAGCACAGAAAGCGAACAAUGUCUGGUGGCGUCUAAGUGGUGUUCUUGGGGAUCAAAAUCGCCUGCUAAUGUAUAUCGUCCUCCAAGGAAUUUUCACAGUGGCAACUAUGGCCCUAGCCGUGCCCAUUUUUUUGUCCUACAGAUUGCAUGUUAUUUUCCAAAUCCUGAAGGUCUCCGCAACCAUAUGGAAUGGGGGAAACUUUUUGCUCGAAGUGAUGCCAAGACAGUAUGUUAUGAAAGAGAAGAAGAGAUCAGAGGGGAAGCCGGGGCAGACUCUGGCAGACCAAGCAAUUUCCCAGGAGGAGGUCAUCCAAUCAUGUAAAUCAUCCGACCCUCACAUCACGGGGACCAAUCAAAACCAUUUAACUGAACUUGAAAACUCGAUGGAAACAAACAAUUCCUCUUAG